AUGGAUAAAUUUAAGGCUGCGCUCGUGCUGGCUGGGGUAGGGGAUGCUCUCGGUUAUCGCAAUUUCUCCAGAGAAAACAAUGCCUUAGGUGCAAAAAUCCAGCAGGAGCUGAAGGAAAUUGGAGGGCUUGAGAACCUGGUGCUCUCUUCCGACAAGUGGCCAGUAAGUGACAACACGCUCAUGCACAUGGCUACAGCUGAGGCUGUCAUCACAGAUUACUGGUGUUUAGAAGACCUGUACCGGGAGCUGGUAAAACGGUACGUGGAUGCUCUUGACAAACUCUCGGGCAGGCGGCCAGACCCCGCCACCAUCGAAGGCUGCAGGGAAUUAAAACCAGACAACUACCUUCUCGCCUGGCACACGCCGUUCAAUGAAAAGGGUUCUGGAUUUGGAGCAUCCACAAAAGCCAUGUGUUUAGGAAUGCGAUACUGGAAGCCGGAAAGGCUGGAAUCCCUUAUUGAAGUGAGCAUUGAAUGUGGACGAAUGACUCAUAACCAUCCCACAGGUUUUCUAGGGUCCCUAUGCACAGCUCUCUUUGUGGCAUACGCAAUACAAGGGAAACCGCUUGUGCAGUGGGGAAGAGAGAUGAUGAAGGUUGUGCCGAUGGCUGAAGAAUACUGCAAGAAGACCAUUCGUCACAUGGCAGAAUAUCAGGAGCACUGGUUUUACUUCGAAGCCAAGUGGCAGUUUUAUUUGGAGGAGAGACAAAUCAAUGAGGAAAAUCAGAAUCAACCUGUCUUUCCAGACAACUAUGACGCAGAGGAGAGAGAAAAGACGUACAGGCGGUGGAGCUCGGAGGGCCGAGGGGGAAGGCGAGGCCACGACGCCCCCAUGAUCGCGUACGAUGCCCUGCUGGGCUGCGGCGGGGACUGGACAGAGCUCUGCAACCGCUCCAUGUUCCACGGAGGAGAGAGCGCGGCUACUGGGUCCAUCGCUGGCUGCCUGUAUGGCCUGGUUUAUGGCCUGAGCAAGGUCCCCAAAGGCUUGUACCAGGACAUGGAACAAAGGGAGAGGCUGGAGUACUUGGGCGAGAAUCUUUACCGACUAUCCAUGGAGGAAAAGUAA